UAUAAACCGUUUGAUGUCCCAUUAGUAUCAUUCAUUUCAUUUUCAGUAUUCACAACCACUCCUCUUUUAUUGUCUUCUUUUGUUUCGAUUCCUUCAAUCGAUUCAAGAUUCACCAAUGGCUCUGAGAAUUCAACACAUUCCCAUGUUCUUCCCCGUUUCACCCAUCACCAUCACCAAACUCAAAACUCGAAUAUCCUGCUCCAACAAAAGCAACGACGACGCAUCACUCGCAUCAGAGUUUGCAGAGAAAGUAUCAAUUAUCAACGCACGUGCGGUCCAAGCAGAACAAGUCAUGAGAAAGAGCAGAAAGAUUCUCUUCAAAGAAUUCUGCAACUAUCUUGACCUCAAUGAACAAGAAGCUAAACAAAAAUGGAACAAAAUUGAUGAAGAUGAGAAAUGGGUUUUGAUUAAGGGAUUUGUUCAAGAAUUGAAUGAAUUUUUUCAACCUUUGUCUGCAAAAUAUACCAAAGAAUUGGUCGAGGAAUAUUUGCUAAAAGAGAAUCUUCCUCCUAAAUCUCCUCCUUCUUCUCCUUUGUUUCCCUUUGAUAGUAUAAUUGGUUUUCCAUAGAAAACAAUUCCAUGUUCCAUUUUCUUUUUUUGUUCUUGUUUUGAAAAAUUAGCAGAGAAAGAAAAUUCAGUCUGUAACUUGUAAUUUCUCCCCAAACAAUUUAUUUGAGGAGACAUGUUUUGUUUCGGUUAAUUAGUUCUUUUUUCUUUUUUCUUGAAACAGUACUAUUUAAUCGAACUAAAGUAAAUAAUGUGUUACCAAACA